AUGACAACAAAUCAAGGCCCAUUUUCGCAAUCGCUUAAGGAGCUUCGGGCAUUGAUUGCCGAAAUUGAAGCAGAGGUGGGCUCCGAGACAGAGGCACAACAGCCCCAGGCUCAAUCAGUGGCGGCGCCUCUGGAGGCAAACGUAGCGCGUCUUAGCACGAGCGCAGAGAAGGAGGCCACGGCGAACGUUUCGAAGCAAGUCGCGCCCAAGAAGAAGCAGGAGAAGGCACCCAAGCAACCACCCAAGCCGGCUGUCAGCAGGGACCCCUUCGAAGAUGCUACACUACAGGUGGCGCAAGUGCAAGUCGUAGAGCGCCACCCCGAUGCCGAUUCGCUCUACGUGUGCCAGGUCGCGCUCGGGGAGGAGACCAGACAGCUCGUGACAGGCCUGGUGAAGUACUACUCGGUCGAGGAGCUGCAGGACCGACUGAUCGUGGUCAUUACCAACUUGAAGGCGAGCAAGCUGCGCGGCAAGGAGAGCAAUGCGAUGCUGCUCGCGGGCGACGACAGCGCCACCAGCAAGCAGGGGCUUGUCAAGCUCCUCGCUCCCCCGCAGGGUGCGGAGGUCGGCGACAGGGUGUAUCUGGAGGGCCAGCAGCCUAGCGCCGAUCCUGCUGCUUGCCUCAACCACAAGCAAUGGGGCAAAGUGGUCCCCGAGUUCGCUGUUGUGGGCGGAAAGGCAACGUACAAGGGCCAAGUGCUGGUUACCAAGGACGGCCCUCUGACCGUGCCCGAUCUGCCCGAUGGCUCUGGCAUCCACUGA